AAACGCACACGACGCCAGCGGCGACUUGGCCAUUGCGGCGGGCGAGAAGCCGGGCGUCGCUGGAAAGAGCAACGGGCACGGCGCUGCCGAGGCGAACAUUGAGGCCGCCGUUAACUUGAAGAACCCGCACCCAAGCCGCAACGGCGCUGUGCACGCGGACCCACGCCAGGAGGCGAUCCUGCCAGCACCCUGCGCCGCCGUGGACGAAAACCUGCGGGCCACACCCGACAAGGCCCCGCUUCGGGGGGGGUGGGGGGGCUCGGAGCAGCGGCGCUCCUCCCCCAUCGUUUCUCACGACGCGCCAGAUGACGCGCGGGAGCACGUGGGCGCCUCCCACCUCUCACGUGAGGGGGUUCCAGUUGAAAAGGCGUCCAAAUAUGUGAAUGCAUCAUGUGACGGCAAUAAGGAGAAAGAGGACGGGGCCGCGGGCCACACGGAACACGUCCAGAAACAUGGAGCGGCGGUUCCUGCCGUUACAGCUGAAGCGGUGAGGGAAGGAGAGGCAGUUGGGAUUGCCCCCUCCGCUGCCCAGGGGGCUGACUUGCUGGUGAAGCCCGAGAGCACCUCCACGGGGGGAGAGAAAGGGCCACUGCAUCCUUCAACCCCUGUUCCUCAUACUAUGCCGGAUGACGUGCGAGCGCGUGUGCGCAUGUCUAGGGCGCGGUAUGAGCAACCGCCAGCGGGCGAAAAUGUGCAGGGCGGUUCUUAUCUCUACCUCACCAAUGAAAUGAAAGGGGCGGUCAGCGAAGAUGAACACAAUUUGGUCCCGCAAAAAACUGCAGUUAAGGCGGUGAAGAGGGGGUGGGGGUUGCUCCGAUUGCGCGGGGAGAGGAGCAUACUGAGAGGGCUGGUCUAUGUGAUAACAAUGCCGCAAAAGAGGCGCAGGUCCCCAAACCGGAUGGGUCCACUUUUAUAA